AUGUGCGACUGGGAGGAAUUCUUAUUCACUUGCAACCACUCCCAGGUUCGGCUCAAGUCCUACUGCCACUUUGCGCGCAACGAUCCCAACCACGGAUGUCUAGGAGUCAAGGUACUCCGCAACUCGUGGCGACAGGCGGUCCCGUGUGAUGAGUGUCUUGUUAAAGGUUCUCCCGUGGGCGUAUCACAUCGGGGUGUUCAAUGA